AUGACAUUGAAGCUACUCUCUGCGUUGUGCAUAUUGAGAUUAUUUCUCUUCUGCGCCUGUAUUACCAUUACGACAGUAAGUGCAGUCGAUGAAAAGGAGAUUUUCCUGCCCAUACUAUUAAGAGCUGGAGAAUUAGCCAAGGCAAAAGGUAAUGGAACGAUGACAGUGGAGUUAUCUCUGCGAGAGCGAGCUUUGACUGCGAUGGAGAAAGCGCAUACGAAGGCCAAGGAAGCUGCCAUUCAUUGUGCAAUGGCUGCCAAUCAUGCAAAGGAGGCUGGAAACCGUUCUGCAGAGGCUGGAGAGACACUGCGUAAACUCGGUCAAGAAGCUGUCUCCCUAAGCACGGCGAUAUCGAGGGCUGAUCAGGCCCAAAAGGAGGCUGAAAUUGCAAAGGAAGCGUGUCUGAAGGCGGAGAUUGCAGCUGAUUCUGCAGAGGUCGCUGCUCUUACCGCUGCGUACGAGGCGCUGAAGCAUGUUUUCCUUUCGAAGAGGAACAACCAAGACGCGGAAAAACAGCUUGAGGAGGCGAAGAAGAAGACGAGCACUGCGGAGGAGGAGGCGGAAAAAGCGGGGGAGGCGGAGAAACAGGCUGCAGAGGCGGCAAAACGGGCGGAAAGGGCGGCGGAACAGGCGGGUGCGGCGCGGGACACCACCCUUGAGGUGGCGCUGACGGCGCAGACACUUGUGCAGAAGGAAGUGCAGCUGAGGGAGCGGCUCGAGAAGCUGCGGCAGGAGGAGGAGGAGGCGGCCGCCAAACGGAAGGCCGCCGAAGAGGAGGCGGCGCGGCGAGCGCGGCAGCUGGAGGAGGAGGAGCGGCGGGCCCGUGAGCGGCAGAACGCCGAGGCAAGACUCCUGAACGGCGGGGCAGGGGGCAAUGGUGGCUCAGGGUCCUCUCUCAACGGCGGCGGGAAAAACCUGAGGGAUAAGCAGAAAAAGGGUGCGAACGGCAGCAGCAUUCAUGCCUCAACACUUGUUCCACUAUUCCUUUUGAUGUCGGUUGCCGGUUUCUUCAUGGGCUAA